AUGCCAAUGCCAAUGCCUGGGACCCCCGGUGGCCCGUUCUUCGAUGCAUCUGAUCUGUCAAUGUCGAAUGCCCCUGCCGGUUCUGCAUCUAGAUCAAUGUCGAAUGUGCCUUCCUGUCCUGUGUCGAAUCCGUCUGUGAUGGAUGCAAAUGCCAUUCCUGUGAUUCCUGCCAUCCCUGCAAUCCCUGCGAUUCCUGCUGUCCCAUCACUGAUUCCUGCCGUCCCUGUGAUUCCCGCGGUGUUGAAUGCGAAUACUGUUCCUGCUUGCAAUGUUGAUAAUGAGCAGCGCGUGGAUAAUAGUGUUCUAGAGAAGCUAGUUGGCCAGAUGGAUUCUUUAUCUCUUGCAGUUGCCGGAAUUCAGAGACAGAAGACACAAUCUAUGGCUGCCCUGAAGAUUCCUCCCACCCGUGGACCCGUUGAUCAUUCUCAUCCUAUUGAUAUGCCGAAUGUUUCAUUCCAUGGUUUUCAGCAUGAUCCUGGUUUUGAUCGAUAGAAUUGAUGGGGUUGUGGAGACUCCAGCCAUAAUGUUCCACGCUGUUCAAAGAUCAACCGGCUCCUUGACCAGGGGAAGAUUUAUAGGGAUAUCCGUGGGAAAUACUAUGUGGGUAAUGUUGUCAAUCGCGGCCCAAGGAUUCCUCUCAAUCGAUAUGAACCAUAUAUAUUGCCUCUAUCGAACGAGCCCUCAGCCGGCAUGCUGCACAG